GGCUUUAUUUGUUUUUAGUCAUCGUAAUAUUUACAUUUAAAUUCACGCAGUUUUGCUUUUGCUAAUAAUAAAUAUAAGAAAACAAGUUUUAUUUUAAGAGAAUUUUAUGCAAAUUUAUUUAAAGUGAUUUAAUCAAUCUCACAAAGAAACCGCAUGAAUACUUUUUCCAUGCGAAAAACAAUGAGCAAAUUAUGAGAUAUUUAAAAAUAAGGUGGCUAUAAGUAAAAACAAAAGAAAACAUGUCUUUAUCGAAAAAAGAUCCCUCCUUACGUGUUGCUGCCAAUGAUCCACACCUGGUGAGCUUGGGAGGAGGUCGCUUGAGUACGGCUGUAACUAUACAUAAUAUACCGGUGGGAGAUUGUACUAUAGGAUCUUCGCCGCAAUGUUCGGUGUCUUUGAGUGGGUCAGGCGUAAGGCCCAUACAUUGUACAAUUUACCGCAGCGAAGAAAACCAGGUUACUUUGGUGCCGGAACGAAAUGCCCGCAUAUUGAUCGAUAAUCAAAUUGUAAAGAAUGAAAUUGAUUUAAGACAAGGAGCUAUGAUCACUAUUGGAGACUCGUACUAUUUGCGUUACAAUAAUCCCGCCGAAGCCCUGCAAAUGCGCUCUGCCAUGGGAGAUAUUUCUGAAAAUGAUUAUUCUCCCGAUUUGGACUAUUUUUAUGAAUCGAAUGUAAAUCCUGUAGCAAAAUGUCGUCAAUCUGACAAGUCAACGUACAGUGAUUACGAUAACUUGAAAAUAUCAGAUACUUCUGUAGAUAUCUUGGGUUGGCAAUGUCCGAAGGUGUUUACUGCCGACCUGGUUACAGUCAAUAUGCCUGCUAAAGAUGUGUUGGGUCAAAAAUAUGCCAGCUUUGCUAAAAAUCUGGCGGAAAAUCAUCGCAAAGAUAAGAAUGUAAAUGUACUUAAUGCUAGUGAUCAUAUUUACAGUAAUAUAACUUUAAACAACUCACUAUCCAAAAGCAAAGAGUUACUUACCAAAACAAACAGCACAUCGACUCCCAUGAAAUCAAAUGAUUUACAACAUAAUGAUAGAGAUCCUUUAGAAGAUAUGCUGAAAAUUUGCGCAGAGUAUAGCGAUAAGCAAGAUCGCUCUUAUACCGGCGGCAGUAGUAGCACUACUUCAUCUCCUAUUGUGCAAAAUCGUAUCAAAACAAAUGGUUCCUUGCCAAGGGAUAAAAAAUCUCCAUUCUAUCAAGAAUUACAGAACACUUUUCAGGGUAGUAGUAGCAAUCUUAGCCAAUCGCCAAAAUCUUACCAGAAGUCAUCUUCUGGCUAUGAAAAUGUUCAGCUUUGGCAACAAAAUCGCGUAGAAAUUGUAUCAAAUAAAAAGUCGUCGGGCUACGAAAACGUUAAAUUUGUACCACAAAGUCCCCGCACUAAAAUAAGAACAAAUUGUAUGUCUCCCAAAAAGGAGUCCAAUCUGAAUAAUUCAAUUUUUAGUCAGGAAACUACGAGUUCAGGAAAACCAACCACCAAUUAUGAAGACUUAAUAAAAUCAUUUGAGGAAAAAUUUCAAAAGGAAAUAAAUGCCAUAGAAGAAAGUUCGAGAUCUGUACUGGACUCAAAAAAAUCUUUAUCAAAUAAUUCAUCACCUGCUGUCAGUAAGAGAACAAAUAAAAACAUCAACAAUCUUACAAUAGAUAUCAAAUCAUUUGUCUCUCCCUAUAAUUCACCGACACCAUUAAAAAAGCCUACUCCAGCCCCUCGAAAAAUCAACAAAACAAAAGUCCAGGGAACAGGAAGCUUAUCUAAUUUACUUGCCAAUCAGUUUCCCCAUGAACAAUUGCAUAAAGAGCGAGAAGAUCUGCUGCAACGAAUUCAAUGCCUGAAAAAUGAAUUAAGUUCUUUGCAAAAGCAAGACAAUGAAACUCUGAUCGAAAUGGAUAUGGAGAAUGCUUUGGUUAUGGCGGAACUGCAAUCACUUACUGUAAAUAAACAAAAACUCCAGGAUGAGUACCAAGCAUUACAACAAAAAAUCUAUAGGUUAGAAGCCCAACGCAAUGCCACUAGGGUAAUGGAGGAAAACCAACAGUCCAAACUAAAACACAACAUAGAAAUGAAGCAAGAUCAAGUGGAAAAACUUAAGGAACUAUUAAAGCAAAAACCUGACAAUUUGUGCUUAAAGGAAGAACUUUCUAAUGUUCGAGAAUCUUUGGAAAAUGAUAAAAAGUCUUUCGAAGACUUGGAAUUUCAGUAUUUGGAAGGUGAGUCCGAGUGGCAAGCAUAUCGUGAAGAUUUAAAUGCGGAGGAACAGACAAUAACGAAAAAAAUUGAAGAAUGCCAAUUGUCCAUUGAAAAUUUGCAGAAACAGGAGUUAAUCUGUUCAACUACCACAAAUGCAAAACAGCGUCGCUUAAGUAAUCAUUUAAUAUCUCUUAUUAAAGAUCUGCAGCAAUGUGAGGAACAGUUUAAAAAUUUAGAAAAAAAACUUUCACUGAAAAUAAGUUCGAAUUCUUCCCUCUCAGAACAAGAAGAUGAUCAAAAACCAUCAAACUCCCUGGGUUCCCAGGGCCAAAUAACACAAUCAUUAUUUGGUUCUACUGAAAUGCUAUGUCCGAAAGUGCAUACCGAAGACUUGAUGUCCAAAAGUGUCAAUGAAAACAUGUUUUAUAACAACAAAAUCGAACUUCCUAAGAGUGGCUUAACAGCAAACAAAUACAAAGGCUCUAAAGAUAGUUUGGAUUCAAAGGAUGUCAAUUGUAAGGUGAAUGUCACCUUAAAAGAAAUCGAAAGGGAACGUCAAUUAUUAACCACUCAAAAGGGAUUACGGGAUUUGGAUUAUGAAAGAAGAAAAAUCGAAGAACUUCUUAAGAAAUUAAACUCGGAAACAAAACAACAAAAUAUUACUACAAGUAAAAGUGAUGGCAAAAAAGGUGAAAAUAAAACAUCAAUCGUACAUUAUAAGAAACAAAGCUCUCAAAAGGAUGAUUCCUUAAGUCCUGCAUACACUAGCACCCCUCCACUUUCAGCCGGUAGUUCCGACCCCUCCAACAAAUUAUCGCCAAACAUCGUUCAUAAAUCCAACAAUGAAUUAAGCAUAUCGUCACCCGAUAGUCCUAGAAGUUUCUAUAUAGAUGAUAAACGUUCCAGCAGCGUAUUAUCAAAUGAACUCUCCUCACAGGGUGACAGCUCAAGCAUAUCAUGUGAACGCAAAAAAUCGCACCAGCAAAGACAACAAAGGCCGCUGACACGUUAUUUACCCAUAUUCGCCGAAGAUUUGGAUCUUAAACGGCACAUAGAAUCGGCCGGCCAUCCCAUAUCUCUCUGUCCCCACGUCUUUUUGGAUGCCUACACUUGUCGUGGCUAUCUUCAUAAAUUAGGGUCCACCUUUCACACUUGGUCAAAGCGUUGGUUUGUUUUAGACCGUCAACGCAGUGCCUUAAUAUACUAUGCCGAUAAAUCCGAACGGAAGCCUAGAGGAGGAGCUUACUUCUCCUCAAUUGAUGAGGUAUAUAUGGAUCAUUUGAAUGUCUCAAAAAGUAGUCGACCUCACUCGACAUUUAUAGUAAAAACAAAAAAGAGAAGUUAUUACUUGCAGGCUGCCUCCGACACAGCGGCCAGAAUAUGGAUAGAUGUCAUUAUAACAGGUGCUCAAGGUAACAUAGACUAUUGAGCACAACUGAGUGGCAUUAAACCCACACUGCAACCACAACAAUUCCAUUUUAAAUUAUACAUUAUUUUUUUAGUAUUAAGUAUGUACCUAGAAUUUUAAAGGUAUAAUUUUUUAUAAAAAUCAUAAAGUCGUAUCAAAAAUAUUUGAUAUUAAUUUGUAUUAAUACACUUACUAAAUUCUUACCUAUCUAACUCGAUAACUGCUACAGAAACUUUUAUGAAAUGAAAGACAUAAAUGCAACAUUCCCUAUUUUCAACAGUUAUAAAUCGAAAUUGUUAGUUAAAUCUAUUAUUUUUUUCUUAUUAAGCUUAAGUUGAAUUUAAAUAUUUUGAAAGGUUUAGGUUUUACUAUUACAUCAAAAUGACUUCCUUAAAAAUACUUUUACUUAUUUAAAGUGAAUUAUCACAAAUAUUAAUUAAUAUACCCGCUCAAAAAAUACAGACUUGCUCAGAACUCUAUACAAAGUAUUCCUGAAUAGUUUUAAAAGCAUUAUGUUUCUAUUUAAAUGUGCCUAAUUUUAUAAAAAAAAUGGUGAUUAUUAUACAUACUACUAAAAUCAAUUAUUAUCAUUUUCUUCUUUCCGUUAGCAUAAAGUUGAAAAUUAAUUUUGAAUUACGUUUUUAAAUAAAAAAUCACCAAUUAAUUAUUGUAUGUAAAUAGUGAUAAAAAAUUGUUAAAAUUGUUGUUAUAAUUAAACAUCAAUUUUAUUUAAAUGUGUAUUAAACAAAAAUACUGUUAGUUAAAAUAUUAAGAAACAA